AGGCGCAAGAGGCGGAGACGAGCAAGGAGAUGCGGCUGAAGGAGCGCUUCGAGACGGAGCUGGGCGCGGCGCGCGGGGAGCUGGAGCAGCGCGAGCAGGAGAUGGCGGCGCUCUCCGACUCGCACGACAAGACCUCCAAGGAGUUCAAGGCGUUGGCGGACAGCUACAAGGAGCUCAGGGUGCAAGCGGACCGCAUGCAGCGGGAGAACGAGCUGCUCGCGUCGCGCAACAACCGACUGACGCGCGAGAACACCAACCAGCAGGACGCUCUCAACAACCUGCGCCUCGACAUCGAGCAGCGCAAGCGGCUCUUCAAGAUGAUGGAGUGGGAGAUCCGGCGCCAGAGCAAGGAGGUGGCGCUGUGGCAGCGCCAGCGCGAGGUGGCGUCGCGCAAGGCUGAGGUGGCGGUGGCGGCGCGCUCCGAGGCCGUGCAGGAGGUGGAGCGGCUGCGCAACACCGUCAUCAACGGCCUGGAGCACGACCUGCGCCUCGCCACCAACCUCACGCAGACGGACACGCGCACC